AUUUAUACCAACAACCGCAAAAAUGUGCUCACCUCAACAUUACUCUCUUCUCUCUCUUGUGGCUUUGGAUCCAACCGAACCGAAGCCCUCUUUGCUUCAAUCUUCAUCAAGAGGUUCUCCUUAUUCUUCGACGACAUCCAAACUCCCUAGGGAUGCUGAAAGAUGUAUAUUGUUGUUGAGGCUUCCACGUGGGCUGUUUGCAACAUUUCGCCCAACGCAUACCAACUAUGGUUUCCUAAGGACUACAACGAUUAUAUUGUGUUUUUCAGCAAAUGGUGGAGCACGAGGCUGCAAUGAGCUCUUAGCGCAACACAUUUGCAGUUUCGUGCUCUCAGAGGAUCAAGAUGGAGACGUCGACGAAGAAGAAGGAGAACAUAUUGAUGAAGAAAUAUGAAGUAGGGAGGAUGUUAGGUCAAGGCGCUUUUGCCAAAGUUUACUACGGUAGGAAUGUGAGAACAGGGCAGAGUGUGGCAAUCAAGGUUAUCGACAAGCAAAAAGUGGUGAAAGUUGGGCUCAUCAAUCAGAUCAAACGAGAGAUCUCCAUCAUGAACCUGGUCAGGCACCCCAACAUCAUGCAUCUUGAGGAAGUCAUGGCCACCAAGACCAAGAUCUAUUUCAUCAUGGAAUACGCUAAAGGCGGCGAGCUCUUCAAGAAGAUCGUCAAAGGAAGGCUCAAAGAGGAGGCUGCUAGGGCUUACUUCCAACAACUCAUCCGUGCCGUUGAUUUCUGCCAUAGCAGAGGCGUCUACCACCGUGAUCUCAAGCCGGAGAAUCUCCUCUUAGAUGAGAAUGGGAACUUGAAGGUUUCGGAUUUUGGCCUCAGUGCGCUCUCCGAGUCCAAAAGGCAGGAUGGGUUGCUCCACACCACGUGUGGGACCCCGGCGUAUGUCUCCCCCGAGGUCAUCAGCAAAAGGGGUUACGACGGGGCAAAAUCUGACAUCUGGUCAUGCGGGGUAAUCCUCUUCGUGAUGCUUGCGGGACAUCUUCCCUUCCAUUGCAGGAACCUCAUGGAUAUGUAUAGAAACAUAGCAAAGGCGAGUUACAAGUGCCCUCAUUGGUUCUCCCCUGAGGUGCGAAGACUAUUGUCCAGGAUUCUUGAUCCCAACCCUAAUACGAGGAUCUCUACCGCCAAGAUCAUGGAGCACCCGUGGUUUAAGAAUGAUCUGAGCAGUUCAAAUGCACGAGUGGACAAGCCAAAUAUGGAAUUUGAUGAUGUUAUUGUUGGGAAGCCUUUUGAUGAGGCCAAUAUGGAGCUCGUGAGGCCAGAUAGUCUCAACGCGUUCAAUAUCAUAUCUCUCUCUGAUGGAUUCGAUCUAUCUGGUUUGUUUGUGAGUCGGGAUCAAAAAGGUGAUGCCCGCUUCACGUCCACGAGCUCGGCCUCUUGCAUCGUGUCGAAGCUCGAAGAGGUUGCGCGCCGGUCCGGGGGGUUGAAGCUGAUGAACAAGGGGAGAGGGUUGUUUAAACUUGACCAGGGGCCUGAUGAAGGCACCAAGGAUGCAUUGUCCGUCGAUGUAGAGAUAUAUGAGAUUGGCCCCUCCUACCAUUUAGUGGAAAUGAAGAAAUCUAGUGGGGAUUUGAUAGACUAUGAGCAUUUGAUGAAACAAAAUAUAAGACCUGCCUUUGAGGAAAUAGUUUGGUCUUGGAUAGGAGAGCAACAACAUCACUAGUUAUAUAUAUUUAUGUAUAUAUAGAUAAUCUGUAACUUGUUGCAUUAUGUUACUCCUUAUACAUUUCAAAAGUACUAUUUUCUGCUCUAGUCUAAUCAUUGUUCAAUAUUUGUGUCAA